CCGCCGCUGUGGGGAGGAAGCUGGCAGGAAGCAGUACAGAAGAUAGUCUGAUGAGGGAUGCAUUCCAGUUUGAAGUACUGCAAGCACAGCAUGAAGAAAUUAAACAGAAGCUGAAAGACAUGCAAGAUGAAGUUCUUACUAAAAAUGGAGAAAUUAAAAUUUUGCGUGACUCAAUGCAGCAGAUGGAGUAUGCUAUGGAGGAACAGAAAAGAUCAUACAUGCUAUUGGAACAACAAAAAUCUCAGACCUUAAGUGAAAAGGAAAAAGAGUUCUCCAAAAAGUUACUGUCAUUACAGUCAGAGUUGCAGUUCAAAGAUGCAGAAAUGAAUGAAUUAAGAACGCGACUUCAGAACUGUGAAAGAAAUAAACACGUUACUCAGACGGUUUUAACGCCAAGCCCUAAAAAGAAUUUUGCAAUACAAGUGAAAUCAGAAGGAUGUUCUCCACAGCCUGGAAAAAGAUCUUUUCCUACAAAGGAAUCCUUCAAUGCUGAAACGUCCACUAGACCGUUGUGUUCUUCAGGAAAUCUGGUUGCCCCGACUACUUCAAUCAAAGAAGACAGUAAGAUAACCCAUCCUGAAGUUGUAUCUGUGAAGCACAAAGCAAUGGGAAAAAACGGUUCCUACAACUCUGUACCUAAACGAAACGCACGAGGUUCUAUCUUACUAAAUGCACUGAUGAAGCAGCCCAUUGUCCCUGGGUCAUUACUAGGACUCUGCCAUCUUCUUAGCAGUAACUCGGAGCCUCCACCUGGAGUUGUAUCACAGCCUAACUAUUUGGAUACGAAGGCCACACAACUACCCAGCAGCAGGACAACUCAAGAAGAAAUUGUUCCUCUUGUAUCCCUGAGAGAAGCUCAAGAACUUGCAGUAACAGGAUUGAACUUCAUCGCUAUGGACGAAGGAUUGUCUGAAGGAAGCCCAACAGAAAGCCAGGGAGAGUUCCUGCACCUCACACGCCACAACAUCCGAGGCGCCAUGCACCUCUUGCCCUUGGUAGAACACCAUAUUGGCGCAUACUGUCAAGUGGUACAAUUGGCAGACAAGUCACUAAAUAGUUCUUGUGGAAACCAUCCAGCUGUUUCUCCCAGAACCAACACGAAUAUGGUGUCAAGUAAGGAGGACUUCAGGUUGUCUCUUGAAGAAACUGCAGUUAUAUCACUGGGUAUUCUUUAUUAUUUGGCAUUUUAUAGCUGGGAUGUUGUCCACACGUUGCUAUCUACUGAAGUGGAAAAAAGUUCUGCUGCUGGAGAUGAACAGGUUUCCAAGAUGGACAAAAAUGUGGUUUGUGAUAAUAAAGAAGAUACCAGGGCACAAGGAGGGCUGCCUGUAACCCCACAGGAUGCUCCCAGUAAUGAUCAAACUCAGCAUUCUUUGUUUAAAAAGCUGCUUCAGGUUUUAGCUUUUUCUGCUACAAGAGGCUCCCAGACUGAUAGGAUACUGAACCAAAGCCUAAAAGUUUUGGUGAAAUUAGCUGAAAAUUCAACAAUGGACUUGCUAAUAAAUUUUCAGCACUUACUGCAUAGCCAGAUACUGCUGCAGUGUCUGUGUCCAGAGACCCCUUUGCCUGCUGUCCUUUUGACUGUGAGACUGUUGUCUAUUCUUGCUCAACACCGUAUGUUGGUUGCUCAACUUUGUUCUCAUUCAGACACCUGCCUCCUUCUUGCAUUGUACAUGUAUAUUACAUCAAGACCAGAUAAAUCAGCAUCUGAAAUGCUUUGGCUUCAGCUGGAACAAGAGACAGUUAGACUCCUGACACGGUGCAUGCGGUGUUCCAGUCCUACGGUUUUAUUGCCUGGUACAGACUGCCAAUGUAAUCUCGAGGUGGUUAAAGCACUAAUUAUAAUGCUACAUAGACAGUGGAUGAAGAUUAGAAGAUCUGAGAACAGCUUGUGUGUAUACAAGGAACAAAUUAUCCAGUUUUUACGAGAUGCUGUUUUACUCUUACACAGCCUUUCUCAGAAAGAUAAACUCUUUCAUGAACACUGUUUGGAAGUUCUCCAUCACUAUGAUCAAGCCAUGCCAGGCAUCAGAGCCAUUCUCAAAAAGACUCAAAAAUUGAGUGCCUAUGAAGAGCUGGUUUUGGAUGAAUUGUAUCCUCCAGAGGCAGAAGAUCAAGGAAUGGACUCCAGCUAGCCAACAUCUAGCGAAUAUCUCUGUCCUUCCUCAUCUAAAUCACAAUAAUCAUUGCCAGUGUAAAUUUGAAAUUUAAAUCAUCUGUUAAAUGAUAAUCUAAAGGUUGCACUCAAAUGCAGCACAACUAAGACAUUUCUUUGCUGUGAUUAGGUGCCAUCUAAAUGUAGCUGAAAGAGAAAUUUUGAUCUAAGAAUGAUACAGCAAUGUACUGUUUUGCUGUGCAAAACUAUGCAGUGGCUUAUGACUGGUUCUGUGUAUGAAUUUUGUAUUUUAUGAAAUUGCUGUGAAUAGAAUGGAAAUUUCACUAUUCUCCAGUUUACUGUGACUAUAGCUGAAUUUAUGGUGCUGAAUGUGCUGAGAUGUUUGGGAUCCCUGUGUUCAUAUGAAAGUCUUUUAAAGAUAUGUUUGUAGCUGUAACAUUUCCCUGCUUGACUUCCAGAAUUUUCAUGUUGAUAUUAGAAAACAGUUCACUGAUUUUAAAAACCUUUCUAAAAAAUAACUUAAUAGUUGGCAGUUCUGAGCAAGAAAUUCAGAGCUCUGUAAUGAUCACCUGAGCUCACUCAUUUAUCUCCCAUUUCAUAAAUCUGCCAAAAGUGUAACUAUCAAGUUGCCAACUCAAAAAAGACUAGUUACUUUGGAAGAGUAAGAUGGUAAUGUUGAGGAGAGUGAGAGAAGGAUAUUUAAAUGUGUGCAGAAUGACUGGUUUUUUGGUUGUAGUAUCCAGAUAGGCACUGCAGUGAAGAUGAAUGAGCAUCUCAUUCCUCAGAUACAGCACUGAAGAUUGAAGUAAGAACAAUCCCCUUCACAUGUCUGUGACUAUCUGCUGUCACAGCUGCAGGUAUCAGCUGAACCUUAGACCCUAGAAAGGCAAGUGUGAGUGCUACUAAAAUGAACCUACAGGGUUUAUUUCUAAAUAAUUUGGAAAGCUUUCUUCAUUUUUUGACAGAUACUUGAUUCAGAACAAGCCUGGCUCCAGGAGGAGGGACAGUACUAUAGUGGGAAGGAAGCCCUUGGAAAACAUCCAGUUUUCUGGUCACAACCCCCAGAGGCUGUGUCCUGCCCUGAUGUCCCUGGGCAGAGAGCCCCACUCCAGUGUGCUGAACAAGCUCUUGACUUGGCUUUCAGUUUUGAAGAGAACUUUCCCAGAAACCACCCUGGGAGUAACCAGUGUCAUAAUCCAGCAUCUCCCUAGGUACAAAGCUUCACUCCUUCCUCCCACAACACAGCCUAGGGUUAAGCCUCUUCUUCAAGCAGCAGCUGACAGAGCUCCACCAGGCAUGGCCUGUUUGUUUCUGUAAAAAACAAGCUGCCAACUGCUCCUCUCGGUGACAGGUUUCAAGUCCCUUAUAGCAGCUGGAGAACUGCCAUUUUCCUGCCUAAAUGCAGUAAGGACACACAGGCACAUACAGUAUCUAUGCUUGCAUGGUCACAACCCUAGAACUGCCACCAGGACACUGGACAAGACAUGCUACGGAAGUUUCAGCAUGACAUAAAACCAUUUGACUUGUCCACUUUAAAAAAAACAACCCACCCCCCCAAAAAACCCAAAAUGCAAAACAUGGCAUUUCCUGGCCUUCAUGCCUCAAGAGAAGAGCCCUUUCCUUACUCAAAACCAAAAUAACCAUUAAGGUAAUUCUUGAAAAACAGCCCAACAAGCAUGAGCAGUGGUAAAGCAGUAUCUGUCCAUUAAUCUGCUCUGAGUCACUAACUUAGAGCUGUCCUAACAAAGAUGUGACUGUCACAGUAUCUCAAAAUGCAGUGAUCUGCCAUCACUUUUCAACUGCUCUAUGCCUGUUCUCGCCACCUAAUUUUUUGAAACAUAGUUUGAGUUUAUAGAGAUAAGAUGCAUUGAAACCCCUUCUUUGGGUGAAUAAGCCAAAUGAACUGUUAAGAGGAGUUUGGAUGAAAACCAGUUAAGGAAUCCUAAAUUGUUGAAGCAAUCCGGUUAUAAAAACCUGUUUAAAAAAUUCUUGGCCUCAUUUAAAGGGUGUGUAUAUGGCAACUUAGUAGAAGUUACUGAUAAACUUUAUAAACACAGAAAUACUAUCUGUUGAAAAAAUGCUAGGAAAUCACCCCUAACUGUUCCCUUCUGGCACUGCAUCCCCUCCCAUCCACCCACUCUAACAGACAACACCCUAACAUGUACAUCUACACUGUUUUCUUCCCACUUUUGACUUUAAAGUGGUAUAGCCCAGGCUAUAUACAAACCAACCAGCCCCAGACCUUACACCUUCACUGGUAGAAAUGACAGCAACAUUAUGGUAUUAUGAAAUUAAGCCAUAGCAUUUAACAGUGAGGGCAUUUUCUGUAACUGAAAAGUUCACACUUCUAAGAAAAAAUGAGGCUGUACUAAAGAGGAGACAGACAGAUAUACUUACAAACUGCCAUAAUUCAUUAUUUGUUAAGCCAUUUACAGUGACCAACCUUCUGUCAGAAUUAUUGCAAGACUGUACUGACCUGUAACUCUCCUUUUCUUGGGAUUAAAGAGAUCCAAUCAUGUAUGCAAGAACCAAUCACCCCCUGAAAAAAACACUGAUGCAUUUUUACAGAUUAUGGGGCUACUGGUUUGCUAUCUUCAUGACCUAAAAAUAACAGAACUCUAGACUGUUCUUAUCAGACGCUCUCUGAAGAAUUUGGAGCAUAGCAGCUUUUUUCAAGGCCAGUUGGCAUUUUCCCAACAUGUAGAUAAACUGUGCCUCUAUUAAAAAGGAAUUUUAAUUGUGCAACAACAAAAACGACCACUUCUAUACAUGAUUAUCACAUUCCUCAGCAGCAGCCACCCAUCUGUUUUCUUGCCCAUGGGGAUGGCAACUGGGGUCCCCUUUGCUGAAAGCUGACCUAAGUAUAGCUGGCUUUUUCCUUCCCAAAGAACUGUGCUGAGCAGACAGGACUAAAUCUAGGCAGGAGCUGGAUAAAGAAAGCAAUCACCUCUGCUAGUUUACUCAUUACUCAGGCUACUCUAUGCAAAAAGGAGGAUGAUAGACUUGCUGACUUGUAUUUUAAAAUGGACUGACCCUACCUCUUCAACAGUCACAGCACAAGUCACUGCAUUGCCAAGCAUCUUCCUGUGGGGAUUCAAGGACCUGAGGUACUGCAGGGAUUCAAACACACAGCAGUUUAUUUCUACUAAAGCUAUGUACAGAGAUAAAUUAAAUGAUGCUUCACUGGCUAAAUAUUGAGGGAAUUUACAGAAUCAGUGAAUAGUCGAGGUUGGAAGGGGACUGUCUAGGUCAGUCAUCUAGCCUAACCCUGGAUCAAAGCAAACUUCCACAGACAAGACAGAACUGUUUUGUGUCAUGUUAGGCCUCAAAGCACAUUUUUAAAAAACAAGCUGUAAUAGGUGGAAAUAGCAAAUACAAAAUACCUCAUCAUGUAGCAUGCAACAUCUGACCUGAGUUUUUAUUCAUGUUAAUCCCACUGGUGUGAAGUACUGCUUAAGUUUAGCCUGUGCUAAACUAUUAGAACAGUAUGUUAUUUAACCACUGAAAAAUGUUUUUAUGUUAGUAAUAUGAUUUACAGUUAUAUUAGGGUUAAAUGCAGCAGUUCCAAUCUGCCUGUAAAGACUCUGUAUUAUCUGCUGUGAAUGUAAUAGCAGAUGCAAACUUACAUUGACAGUGUAAGUUGUUAAAAACUACACAUAAUUGAUUAUAAUUUAGCAGACUGAUAAGAAAAGGUGGUCUGUGAUCUUUAUGAAGACCAACAAACCCACAGUGGCUGAAGUUUAUCAAAAUGCUUCCAAGAGUGAGGGCCAACAUGUUCAGCACAAAGUUUAACUGCAAACAGCUAGCAGUGUGCUGAGCACAUUGUCCCUACAGCAGCUACGUAUAAGUUCACCUUGGACUAAUCUUAGAGGUUUUAGUCCUAAAGCUUCUAAGUGAAAUAGUGCUCAAGUGGUAACGUGCUUUUGAAAACAUCUAGAGGAAACAGCUUGUUUUAUUUUUAUAUUGUCAUUAUAUUCCAAGCAGUCUCCUAAACAGAGAUAAUACAGAACAGACUUUUUCUGUCUAUGCACUAGUCUCUGGAGGUUGGUAUUCUGAGAAUGUAGCUAACAAAUAUGCUUUGCUGAAGACCUCCUUUACAGCACAGCUGUGCUGCAACACCUGUCCAGCAGUCUGUAAAGCAGAUCCUACCUGAGUUCAGGGUCAAAGUAACACUGGGGACUGAACCAGGAAAACCAGCUGCAGGAGCAACAAAUGUUAGAGUGAAAAGUCUCCAGUAACUGAUUUAAAAGCUAUUUUGACUGCAGUAAGGGAAAUGGAGUAUCAGAGAUUAAUUUAUACAUAUCUUGACCUGUUCUUCAACACUAGUGAAACAAAAAGUGAAAGGGCCACCUGACUUGUCAGUUUGCAGGAGGGAGAGCACUGAGACAGAAACGGCAUCACUUCUGAACCUGCACAGCACGCUGCAGCCCCAGCACAUCCAGAGAGGGCCCCUGCCUCACUGUGCCAGGCAGUGCCUCCUCGCCAUCCAGUAUUGACAAAAGUAGUUAGCAGUGUCUCAAACCUAAAGAAAUCACUUUGCAACAGAAAGACAUCCUUUAUAACAUGGCUAACUCGCCCUUAGUGGAGACUGCCAUAAAAAGGUGAAGCAGAGGACUAUUUCAUCAACACAGAUGCCCGAGCUCUUGAAAGGAUAAAGCAACUUAUUUCUUCAGCUUUAUCUCACCUCUUAACAGGUUUAACUUGUAUACUUUUUCUCCCCACCUAUACAACUUAAUUAAAAGCUGUAUAUCUGAUCAGGUUCCUGCAGGCUAUACUAACAAGUAGACAAGGACAAAAAGUAACUAGAGGGAGGAAAAACAAGCCCCAAACCACUGGCUAAAGCAAACCUGGCAAGUUAGCAUACAUGCCUAGAUAUGAUACUAAUUUUCCAUACUUAAAAAAGAGAUAAUUGCUUGUUUGGCAAUAAUUGCUAUUUUUCCCCUCUUUUGUGUCCAGCUCCUCCAUGCAACCCUGCCAUGGGUUUUACAAUGCAUGCCAAGUUCUGUUCUGGAAAAAUAGACUCUACCAUAAACAACUGCUGAUUAAAACAUUAUGAAAACAUAACCAGCAGUAUUUCUCACCCAACCCCAAGCUCUCAACAUUUUAGUUCAUAGGUUUGAUCUUCUGUAUGACAUUUUGCUGCAGUUUUAGAAUGAAGGUACCUUUGAAACUCUAUGUGCUCAUUAAAGGAAAUCUGAAGGUUUUAAACAAAACACUAGGUUCCUCAGACCCGUGUGCCGAGGGAAGGGAAGGCACACAGCUUUUUCCUGAACAGAAGGAAGCUUCUCUGCAUGUCACUUCUCAAAUUCAGCCAUAUUGCACAGAUGCACCUGCUAAAAAGUCAUGGGAAAAGAGAGAGAUUAACUAAAAAAUAGUGGCAACAAAACCAUCAGAAAUAACUCUGCAAUAUCCUGGUAUAAUUUCUAGCCCACACACUAACUUUCUAGAUUUGGGUUUUUAGGAGAUACAUUUUGUCUGCUGUUCCCAGUUAACUAACAGAAAUUCUGUGAGAAAAUGUGAAAUAAAAUUGGAAGGAUUUGUAUUUCACCUUCAACAUAUUAUCAGCCUGCAGCUGAAACCCCAACAAGUUCAAGAAGUAACCCUACAAAACUACCUGAUUACUCCGUGAUAAACAACUCUUUCAGAACAAGUUUGGGUGGGGGGGUUGAGCAGUUGGGCUUGCCUUUUUUUUUUUUUUUUGACAGCUCAUUUCCCCCCCUCCCCUUUUGUUUUAAAUCCUACAUCAGAAAUUUAGCUCGCAAUUCAAGGUAAUAAUGAUUAUAUACUGAACACUCUCAACCAAUUUAGUACUACUUGGCAUCUUACAAAAACCAUUCUUGACCUGCCCAAAGAAAAUAUUUUCAAGUAAAAGACUAAUGAGUCAGGGGCAUAAACACAAACUUUCAAAAGCGCUUUUUUUAAACUAUUAAAGUACACAAAAAUAUCAGCAAAAAUGUUUUCACAGAGUAGAAAGCAUCACCACACACUGAAGUGGACAAGUUGAUAACUGAAGCGGACAAGUUGAUAACUGAAGCAUGAUAUUCAACACACAAGUCAAAAUACAUGUUUAGAAGAUACUAAACUUCAAUUAAAUUACAGAUAACUUUGAAGUCUACUAUCUUGUCUACACUAGACUUUUCAAAUAUCUUGGGAUUUGUCAGCUAAUAGAUUCAAACUUCAUGCACUUCAUUUACUCCUUAGGCUAGACAAAGCCUUAGAAGCAAUCCUUUUGGAUUAGCUUUGAAGCAUACCGUCAGAACAUCAUCCAGGAGGUUAUGCUGUCCUUGCUUUACGUUGUGACCUGUAAUUCUGAUUAGGCUUCAGUCUCCACUACCAAAAGUGAUAUUCAUGAUACAAAGUGACAAAGUACGCUUGGUAACACUAGCUGUCAAACACAAUGAAGUAACAUGUAGCUUUGCAGAUAUACUCCUAAAUACUCAAAUUGAGCUAAGAAAACAAAAUCGAUAGAAUAUACUUCAAACACUGCAUUUAUUACAAAGGUGCAUAGAGUUUAUGCCAUUUCUUUUGAAUACUUACAUUUAAACUACAAACAACAUACAAAGCUAGGUUACAAUAUGUAGUAAAAUCAACAAUGAUUAUCUAGUAAAUUCAGUACAACAGAAUAUUCCACUGUAUUUAAUUUCACAAAACAUUUCUGAAACAAAGGCACUUACAGAAUUUAAAAAAUUAACAUAUACUCUUUCAACAGUUAAAAUUUUAAUUCCAUUCCCCCUCCCCUACAGCACUGUGGAUAGUUUGACAUGAAGGCAACAGCUACUUGGACUGAUACAUCAGCAGUGCUUAAACUAAAUGUUUAUGGAUCAACUUCUCCAUUUUUUCUAUAACUAUCCCAUUCUCUUAACUAUAUGCAAACAAGUUUCAACACACUGUUGGGCAACAACUAAAUAAAAUUUGGUCCUACACAUUAAUGUUAAUGAUGAUUAAUACACAAACAAUGAAACAUCCGAUUAAGUGCUCCAAUUAUGAAGCGAGUGGACCUUUUUCUCUUCCUUCAAGAAGUUUAACUGAAGUAGUAAUACUACUAAUAAAGUAGUUCCUUGUAUAUUAAUGAUUCAUCUCUUCAUUUGUAUACAGUUAUCAUUAGCAUAUGUUCACCAAAGUAAAGGUGUAAAUUUUCAGGCUCCCUAAAUUUUCAGGUACCCUAUCCCUCAUCUCCUCCCACUGCUCCACAUACAGUGGUGUUUUGGGCAAUUUAUUUGGUCUGCAUAACAUCUACACCAAAAAUUCAGAUUUGAGGACCUCCAUUAUUGUUGCCACUUUGCUUCUAUUUUUUCCUUAGGGAUGAUGGCAGAUGACCAAGACAACUUCUCACAAAACUGUAAAUCUUCCUUUCAUAACCCAAACAUAACCCUUCUAACACUGCCACGAACUGUAUGCUUUAUCCCAUCAGAUGGAGGAAAGGAAAAGCAGUGCAGAGUAACAACCUCAUGAAGCCCAGCACUAGAACACUGUACCUGUGCUCCGAGCGCUGCACAGCAGCUGUGCUCACCGGCUGCAUCUCACUGGCCAGAUUCCAUCCAGGCAGAUGGCUAACAAAGGUGCUGGAAUAGUCUCUGCCCUCCUUCUAUAUGAAUAAACACAAGCAGUAGGAUCUAUAGCAAGGGAAUUAUUUCUGCAGCUAUUCAGUGCCCUCCCACACAUGAAAAUUCCAGAUUUCUAUUCAUCCUCCAUACAGGAGACACUCUCCAUUUUUGGUUGUUCUCACAUAACUCCUAACAGUGUAGUGAAGCAUUGCCCAAUUCUUUGGCUUACAAGGCAGGAAGGAGGAGGAACACGGAGAUACAGGCCACACUUGCUCUGUGAGUGCCUCUUGGCACCAUUUCAUGCUAUUGACUUCAAGCCUCUUAGAGAGGUGUAACAGAGGGACAAGGUUGUCAUGAAUCUCAAUGCUAAAAACUUCCUACAAGUUUCUUCUCAAAUGACCUGAAGAAUAUAUUGG